AUGGCAGACCAACGGAAACACCGCCCUUACACCAGCUCGAAGAGGAGGACCGAGCCAUGGCAGCCAAUGGUGGAGACGUACAUCUGGGUAGAGGAGCAACGGUGGGCGACGGCGCAGUGGGUGUUUGAGCAGCAGAUGAGGACGAUAUACGGCGCCAGUGUCGAUGAUAAAUAUAGGGCCAAAGCAGAGAGACGCCGGGCAGACGAGAAUCGACAGACCGUCGAGGAGAUAGCUAGCAGAAUCGCAGGGAAACGGAGUCGCAGGAUUCAGGACAAAGGAGAAACCGUCAAAGAUAACGUGGACAGACUACCAGACGCGAUGGCAGGCCAUCCACUCAUCAUCUUCAUCGUCGCCGUUAUCGUUCUCCUCCAUCCCAUGGCCACAGAAAGUCCAGCCAGCCUCACCAUCCGACAUCUCUCCUACUGCUAUCGCCAGCUUCAUAUUCGCAUACCCCGGCACGCAAUCGCGCAAGGAGCGUAUUCGCAGUGCCCAGUUGACGUGGCAUCCAGACCGAUUUCAGAGGCUAUUAGGCAGAGUUGCAAAGGAGGAAAGGGAGAAGGUCGUGGAAGGAGCGGGAAUCGUCGCGCGGGCGCUGAAUGA